CACGAUGUCCGGAAGCGAAGAGUGGGAACUUGAAGAGGAAGCUAUUGUAGUUGUUGAGCUGUCGGGGAUAAUAGACAAUGACACUGUCACAAAAAAAGGCACCAAAUACAAAAUAUUGGGUGCAGAGACAGAACAGCCAGUGAUGCAGGUGGAUCGCUACAUAUUUGUAGGUGAAUAUGAAGACACAGUAGGAGCUGCUAUCAUCAUGGAGCCAGACCCUACAGAGAGUGAUCAAAGCAAACUGAAGUAUAAGUGCCAUACAUUAAAGAAGUUGUCUAUGCAGAGAGCUUUCUUAGAAGCGAAAGAUGUUGAAAAACUUGCAGGCCAAUCAACUGAUGGUGCAGAGCAAUUAAGUGAGGGUGCUUCACAUGAAGGUGCAGAGGUGAUGAUGGAGGGAGCUGAAACUGAAGAUAUGAACCAAUGAAAAGCCCGCAUUGCCAUCAGGUGGUAAAAAAGGAUCAAACAGCAGGAAGUAGUGCUCUCCUUGCUGCGGAGAAAGGGUAGUACCCUGAGUGGGCUUUAAGCCAGCUAAAGGGAUGGAGCACAUGA